AUGACCCGUGGCAACCAGCGCGAUCUUGCGCGCGAGAAGAACAUGAAGAAGCAGCAGGAGAAAAGCAAAGGUCAUCGUGACAAUGGUCUUUCCUACGCUUCGCGCAAGGAGGCGGAUGCCGAGAGGAUGCGCCAGAAGCAGGCUGCUGCGGAUGAGCGCAAGAACGCUGGGGGCUCGUGA